AUGCUGAGGAUGAAAUCGAGGCGUUUCCAAGAAGCAUGCAGCAGCACCUGUGUAACUAUUUCGCAACCCUCAUUUCAGAAAAGUGGCACAGCACUUAGUGAGCCACCAGGUCUUUUGCCUGAAACGGCGUCCAAAUUCACUGUACACGUUUGCAUUGAGGUGGCCCAAAACAGUAUUCUGGGCGCCGUGCUCAACAUUCGAUUAUUCAAUCAACUGUGCAGUUCUGGACCUAUCUUUUGCGCCUCAAAAAUCGCUCCUAAAGCAGAAGCUAAGGUGCUCAAGCAUGUUAGCUCAAAAGACUCCGGGGUUCUGACGAGCAUUCACCUCACACUGUGUUCGAUUACAGUCCAAUCUGCUCAAGUAAAUGGCCACCACUGUAAUCGAGAGAAAACCGUAGAGAAAGGAAAGAUCAAUGUGCUCAGCAGAAAUCACCUUGAUCCGCAUGACAUACGGUUACAUUUAGCGGUCCUGCAGCUGCUGAAUGCUCAAGGCUAA